ACUCCCACUUUGCUGGAGGAGUUUUUUUUUCCUGCGGUCCCCUUUUCUUCGAGCCCGGGUGGGGGCCAAAGACCCGGCGAUCCAGGGGAGGCUGGGGUCGACCCGCCAUGCGUUGGGGGCUGAGCCCUCGCGGCCCCGGCCCAGCGGCCCUGGCCGCCGCCCGGAGUCUCUGGGGACCGCCCUGCCUUCCCUGUCGCCCCGGGUGGCGGGGGACAGCAAGGCGGCUUUUGGUGCGAUCAGUCACCGGGGCCAGUAAUGAGCUGCAGAACUCGAGUAAUGGCAGGUAUCGGGAGACGGUGCUACUGCCCCAGACCAACUUCCCCAUGAAACUGCUGGGCCGCCAGCAACCCGACUUGGAGCUGGAGAUCCAGCAGAAAUGUGGAUUUUCAGAACUGUAUUCAUGGCAAAGAGAAAGGAAAGUAAAGACAGAAUUUUGUCUUCAUGAUGGACCUCCUUAUGCAAAUGGUGACCCUCACAUGGGACAUGCUUUAAAUAAGAUCUUGAAAGAUAUAGCCAAUCGAUACCAUAUGAUGAGAGGUUCCAAAAUACACUUUGUGCCGGGUUGGGACUGUCAUGGGUUACCCAUCGAAAUUAAAGUACUGUCAGAACUUGGUGGAAAAGCUCAGAAUCUUUCGGCGGUGGAAAUUAGAGAGAAAGCUAGAUCAUUUGCUCAAGCAGCGAUUGAAAAACAGAGAUCGGCGUUUAUUCGUUGGGGAGUAAUGGCUGAUUGGAACAACUGCUACUAUACGUUCGAUGGAAAAUACGAGGCCAAGCAGUUGAGAAUUUUCUACCAAAUGUAUGACAAGGGCCUGAUUUAUCGAUCUUACAAACCUGUGUUUUGGUCUCCCUCAUCAAGGACUGCGUUGGCUGAGGCGGAGCUGGAAUACAAUCCCGAACAUGUCAGUCGCUCGAUCUAUGUCAAAUUCCCACUCGUGAAACCUGCUCCCAAGUUGGCAUCUCUUAUAGAUGGCUCAGCUCCUGUUAGUUGUCUAGUCUGGACCACGCAGCCUUGGACAAUUCCGGCCAAUCAGGCCAUUUGUUAUAUGCCAGAUGAAAAGUACGCCAUUGUGAAAUGUUCCACAUCUGGAGAGCUGUACGUACUGGCAGCAGAAAAAGUAGCACCUGUGGCUUCUGCUUUGAAAACAACGUUUGAGGUUAUUGCAACAUUUUCAGGUGUUGAUUUGGAAAACGGUGCUUGUGCUCACCCCUUAAUUCCUGACAAGGUCUCUCCUCUCUUACCUGCAAACCACGUGACCAUGGCCAAAGGCACGGGGCUGGUACACACAGCCCCUGCUCACGGUAUGGAAGACUACGGUGUGGCUUCCCAGCACAACCUGUCCAUGGAUUGUUUAGUGGAUGAAGAUGGGGUUUUCACAGACGCCGCAGGCCCUGAACUUCAGAGGAAGGCUGUCCUUGAAGAGGGGACAGACGCAGUUAUAAAGAUGCUUCAGGCUUCAAAGAAUUUGUUGAAAGAGGAAAAACUAGUACACAGUUACCCCUACGACUGGAGGACUAAGAAGCCAGUGGUUAUUCGUGCCAGCAAGCAGUGGUUUGUCGAUAUCACGGACCUUAAGACCACAGCCAAGGAACUGCUGAAAAAGGUGAAAUUUAUUCCCGGAUCAGCACUGAGCGCCAUGGUGGCCACGAUGGACAGACGGCCGUACUGGUGUAUAUCCAGGCAGAGAGCGUGGGGGGUCCCGAUCCCUGUCUUCCACCACAAGACGAAAGACGAAUUCUUGAUCAACAGCCAAACCAUUGAGCACAUCACUCAGCUCGUGGAGCAGCAUGGCAGUGACGUCUGGUGGACUCUGCCCCCGGAGCAGCUUCUCCCUAAGGAAGUCCUAGCUCAGGCUGGUGGCGCCGACGCCUUGGAGUUUGUGCCAGGCCAGGAUAUUUUGGACAUCUGGUUCGACAGUGGAACUUCAUGGUCUUAUGUCCUCCCAGGUACGGACCAGACAGCAGAUUUGUACUUGGAAGGAAAAGACCAGCUGGGUGGUUGGUUUCAGUCCUCCUUGUUAACGAGCGUGGCAGCGAGGAAAAAGGCCCCUUUUAAGACAGUGGUCGUUCACGGAUUCACCCUUGGAGAGAAGGGAGAAAAGAUGUCCAAGUCCCUUGGGAAUGUUGUCGACCCCGACACUAUUGUCAACGGAGGUCAAGAUCCCAGCAAAGAGCCUCCUUACGGUGCGGACGUCCUUCGCUGGUGGGUGGCCGAGUCCAACGUCUUCACUGAAGUGACCGUCAGUUCAUCCGCACUCAGCGCGGCCAGAGAUGAUGUUAGCAAGCUUAGGAAUACACUCCGCUUUCUUUUGGGAAAUGUGGCUGAUUUUAACCCAGAGACAGAUUCCAUCCCCAUUAACAAAAUGUACGUCAUAGACCAGUACCUGCUGCACUUACUGCAGGACUUAGCAGGCAAGGUAACCGACUCAUACAAGCAGUACGAUUUUGGAAAAGUUGUCCGUCUGUUGCGAGCCUUUUACACCAGAGAACUUUCUCACUUUUACUUCAGCGUAAUCAAAGAUAGGCUUUACUGCGAAAACGCAAGUGACCCCAAACGACGCUCCUGUCAGACCGCGCUGGCUGAAAUUUUGGAUGUCAUGGUUCGUUCUGUUGCACCCAUUCUUCCACACUUGGCUGAAGAGGUAUUUCAGCACAUACCUUAUGCUAAAGAACCCAGGAGUGUUUUUCGUACCGGGUGGAUCACCACAAGUUCCAUCUGGAAGAAGCCUGGGCUGGAGGAGGCCAUAGAGAGUGCGUGCGCCAUGAGAGACGCGUUCCUAGGGAGCAUCCCCGGCAGAAACGCCGCGGAGUACGAGGUCACCGUCGUCAUCGAGCCCGGGCUGCUCUUCGAGAUAAUAGAGAUGCUGCAAGCUGAGGAGACGUCCAGCACCUCCCAGCUGAGUGAGCUCAUGAUGGCUUCGCAGACCACUCUCCUCCCCCAGGAGCCACAGGUGAUGCCCGCAGAUGCCACCGAGCACACAGGGACCUUCCUCAUCAACCUGGAAGGUGGUGAUAUUCGUGAAGAGUCUUCAUAUAAAGUAAUUGUUGCGCCAACCACCAAAGAAAAAUGCCCUCGUUGUUGGAAGUACACGGCCAAGUCUUCAGAUACUCUCUGUCCCCGGUGUGCAGAAGUUGUGGGUGGGACGUAGCGCCACUCUCUGGCGCCGACCGCGGCUCCAAGCAGACCCCGGCGGUGCUGACUCAGUUUGGGUGGACCGUGUAUCACGCUGGGAGGAAACCCAGACUCGGGUCCGGAGUGGGCGAGUGAGUGGUGGGGCAUGAGAGUCAGGAGGAAUGCUAAGGGUUUUCUGUAACUAGGUGAACGUGAUGUCCACAUACAUGUGCAGAAACAUACAUGCAGAAACACAUAUAUACAGACGGACGCUGCUCCGUCCACGAUGGGCCCAUCAGCUGUGGCUGAGCAGAAAGUGUUUUAUAUUUCAUAAGCCCUUCUGACACACUAUUUAAGUUCUGUAAUAUCUAAGAAUAAAGGCAUUUUGGAAACUCA